AAAGUAGCAGUGAUUCCUUUUGUAAAUUUAAACUUGCCAUGUGGACUCCUGACUAGAACCUGAUGAAGAUCAAGUAGAAGAAUCAAGUUUAAAAUAAGUUUCAUUUGACAAAAUUUGCACAGAUGUUUCAAUAGAAACCUGCAGCUAACAGGGAGUUUCUUGUGCGCUACUGACAAUUUAGAAAAACAAAUGAAAUACAUCUUGGUAACAGGUGGUGUCAUCUCUGGGAUUGGGAAAGGGAUCAUUGCUAGCAGCGUUGGAACGAUUCUCAAAUCAUGUGGCUUGCAUGUCACGUCCAUUAAAAUUGACCCGUACAUUAACAUUGAUGCAGGGACCUUCUCUCCUUAUGAGCAUGGUGAAGUGUUUGUGUUGGAUGAUGGUGGGGAAGUGGAUCUGGACCUGGGGAACUAUGAACGCUUUCUUGAUAUCCGUCUCACCAAGGACAAUAAUCUGACGACAGGGAAAAUCUAUCAGUCUGUCAUCAACAAAGAAAGGAAAGGAGAUUAUCUAGGCAAAACUGUUCAAGUUGUGCCCCACAUUACAGAUGCUAUCCAGGAGUGGGUAAUGAGGCAGGCUCGAAUCCCGGUAGAUGAAGAUGGUAUAGAGCCUCAAGUCUGUGUGAUCGAGCUUGGAGGAACAGUAGGAGACAUCGAAAGCAUGCCCUUCAUUGAGGCAUUCCGCCAGUUUCAGUUCAAAGUCAAGCGAGAGAACUUCUGUAAUAUUCAUGUCAGUCUGGUACCCCAGCCAAGUUCUACCGGAGAACAGAAGACGAAACCCACCCAGAAUAGUGUUCGUGAACUCCGGGGCCUUGGUCUUUCACCGGAUCUGAUUGUGUGCCGGUGCUCCACUCCUCUGGACACCUCAGUGAAAGAGAAGAUUUCCAUGUUUUGUCAUGUAGAACCAGAACAGGUCAUUUGUGUCCAUGAUGUAUCUUCCAUUUAUCGAGUGCCUCUGUUGCUAGAGGAGCAAGGGGUGGUUGAUUACUUUCGACACAGACUUGACCUUCCUAUUGAGAAGCAGCCUAGGAGAAUGCUGAUGAAAUGGAAGGAGAUGGCAGAUCGAUAUGAUCGUUUAUUGGAAACCUGUUCUAUUGCUCUUGUUGGCAAAUAUACCAAGUUCUCAGAUUCUUACGCCUCUGUCAUUAAAGCUUUGGAACAUUCUGCCCUGGCUAUGAAUCACAAGCUUGAGAUCAAGUACAUUGAUUCUGCUGACUUGGAACCCGCUACGCUGCAAGAGGAGCCAGUUCGAUACCAUGAGGCCUGGCAGAAACUUUGCAGUGCUGACGGAGUUCUGGUUCCAGGUGGGUUUGGUGUUCGAGGGACAGAAGGGAAGAUACAAGCUAUUUCUUGGGCAAGAAAACAGAAAAAGCCAUUCUUGGGGGUGUGUUUGGGAAUGCAGUUAGCAGUUGUGGAGUUUGCACGCAACAUCCUGGGUUGGCAAGAUGCCAAUUCUACAGAAUUUGACCCCAAGACUCCGCAUCCAGUGGUAAUAGACAUGCCGGAACAUAAUCCUGGUCAAAUGGGUGGAACAAUGAGGCUUGGCAAAAGGAGAACUGUCUUCCAGACAAAGAAUUCAGUCAUGAGGAAACUGUAUGGCGACGCUGACUAUUUGGAAGAGAGGCACAGGCACAGAUUUGAGGUAAAUCCAGAGUUGAAAAACGCUUUUGAAGAGAAAGGCAUGAAGUUUGUAGGCCAAGAUGUUGAAGGAGAGCGAAUGGAGGUGGUGGAGCUGGAAGAGCAUCCAUUUUUUGUCGGUGUUCAGUAUCACCCGGAGUUCCUUUCCAGACCUAUCAAGCCGUCCCCCCCGUAUUUUGGUCUCCUCCUGGCUUCUGCAGGAAGGCUCCCGCAUUAUCUACAGAAAGGUUGCAGACUCUCCCCCAGGGAUACGUACAGUGACAGAAGUGGAAGCAGUUCACCAGACUCCGAAAUCACGGAAUUGAAGUUCACGACAGUUAAUCAUGAGUAAUUGCUGGGUACACCGUGCAAGCCGAAGACCCAUUUAUUGUGGACACUGCAGGCAAUCUCUCAGCAAUAGCUGGGAUCCACUCGCUCUUUGGAGUUCCUUAAAUCAUGUCAUCACAGUUUAAUUUUGAGGAAUCAUGUCACGCUUUUGUUCUUUUAAUCUAUUAAUCUAUAUUCUUUUUCAUGUCUGGUUAAGUCUCAGAAGCUGACGCUGGUGCCUAGCGUCGCUCACAUGCUUUGUGACUUUUGAAACGAGAACUUCAGGGAUCUUGGAUUUCUGAAGAGGCUUGAGUUUUGCCAAGAAGAGAGCUUUGCAUUUUCUGUUCACUUCUGUUGUAGGAGGCUUUAAAUAAGAUGUUCCCUUCUUUUAGGGAAUGCUGGAUGAGAAGCUACACUUAAUCCUGGCAUGUAUUUUAAAAUAAAGCGGUGGAUUUGGUGCUUCAUCGCUACCCUUUUUGUUCCAGGCGUCCUACUUCCUGCUUAGGAAACCUUGGGACCAUGGCUUCUAAACGCAUCGUGUAACAAUGCAAUUACUGUAUUGAAAGAUGUGUCAAUGCCCCCUAUUUUAGAAAUUUAAGUGAAGUCCCGACCCCCCCCCUUUUAAAGUCCUUCCUGGAACUGAGAGGUCUCCUUGCAUCAAGGGGGCUGUAUAUGCAAGGAAGUGACUUUAACAGAAGAUGCCUUUGAGACUCUCAUUGAGGGAUCUGCCUUGGACAGGAAGGUCCGAGGUCCUUAUUUUCGUAAGGGAGGCCCUCCUGUUUCUUCCCCUGUUUGCCAGGGUCCUAUAGGAUGCCACACAUAUUGCCAGUUUCUGCAGGGGGUGUUCAGCAAUGCGUAUUUCAGUAUUUGCUCCAUCCCUUAGCAGAGGAAAGGAAAAGGGGUGGAAGCUUCUAGAAACAAGUGUUUGUAAUCUCGCCUUUUGCCAAUGUAGCUUGUAAACUGUUACCACUAAAUUAUUGGGGACUUCGUUUGCUAUAGAAAAUGUACCAUAUGUCCAUACUGUUUUCAGUUCAUUAAAAUUUCAGGAAAACGGUU